AUGGCAGACGAGGAGGGUGAUGUGGCUGAGGAGUCUGUGUUCCUGGCACUUGCCCAGGGUCCCUGUCCUCCGAGGAGUCCCCUGCACCAGGCCUUGGACAAGGCCUUCAUUAUCUUCCUGGCCCUCACCCUCACACUCCUGACACUAGAGACUGUUCGUCCGCUGCUGUCGCUGCUGCCAUGAACAGAGUUUGGGGACUGGCCCCUGAGAACACCUCAGAAGGAGGAGCUGGAAUUGCGACCACCUUUCCCAUAA